GACAAAGCUCAGCAGCGAGAAGCGUAAGUUGUAUCGAGUAGCAGCACCACAACCCGCAUCACCACUAACGUGUCCCUUCUCAAUAGUCGAGUUUGCGACAGUCGGUCAGACCAAGGAUGGCAAGAUCUACCACAGACUCUGGAGUGCCGAUGAGAUCACAGCGUUAUUGAAGGAACAUGACCUGGCGAAGGACGAGAGCUCGGAGGACAAGUAGAAGCAUGAAGGAGUGCACGCUGUGUUCUCCAUAUGACGAAAGAUGUACUUGAUGAGAAGCAGCAGCUAAUGUCUGCCACUUUAUUGACGAGCAAGUGGCGGGCUUCAUGUCCCCAAUGCCACGAAAAGGGUGUAUUCCAAUGUUGCGGUCAAUGCUGGUCUAUCCUGUGACCUUUCGUGAUCGCCGCCGUGACUCGUGGGCCUCAGCAUAUCUCGUGUUCUGCUCCAUGCUGGUGACUUCUUCUUUGAUCUUGUACGUACUCUUGGGCAUCAGCUUCUGAAAGGUGGGGGUGGGAUACACCAGAAGUAGCCUCAUCGGCGGGGCAGG